AUGAACCAGAUCACUGAUGAUGUUGAGAGGCUAUGGAAGAUCGACAUCUUGCCAUACACCACAAAACAGGUGACUCGAUCCAAGCUAGACCAUUUUGCCUUCAAAACCCUUGAGGACAAAACCGUCAAAGUGACAGUAGAUAGUGAAAUCCACUUCGCCACUCCUCUUCUCAGAAUACCUGACAAGACUGUACUCAAAACAGGUAAAGAGUCUGUGUUAGAGAACAUGAGAAGAACUGAGAGAAGACUCAGCAAGCAUCCUGACAUAGCAUCCAUACACAAUGAGAAAAUCCAAGAACUUGUUGUCAAGGGAUAUGUCAAAGUGAUAAGUGAAGAAGAAGCAUCUUCAACACCAGAGUCCUGGUUUAUCCCACAUCACGUUAUCGCACAACAUGGUAAACACAGACUGGUAUUCAAUUGCUCAUACGAAUAUCAGAAACUUUCACUGAAUAAGCAGUUACUUCCAGGACCGACACUAGGUGCCUCCUUACUCGGGGUGUUUUUGAGAUUUCGCCAACAUGUCAUAGCUGUGUCAGGAGACAUCAAAACUAUGUUUCAUCAGAUCCGACUGUUGCCUGAAGACAGAAACCUGCUUCGUUUCAUUUGGAGGGAAAUGGAUACAGAGAGGGAUGUCUCAAUAUAUGAAUGGCAAUUAUUACCAUUCGGUACAACUUGUUCACCAUGUUGUGCCACAUAUGCAAUUCAGAGACUGGGCACAGAAAACAAAGAGGAAUAUCCUGAUGUGCAACAAGCAGUUCAAGAUUCCUUCUAUGUUGACAACUGCUUGUCUGGAUUCCCUACAGUUGAUAAGGCCAGGGAGUUCAUAAGUAGACUACGUCAUGUUAUGAAGUCUGGUGGAUUCAAUAUCCGACAGUGGAUAAGCAAUGAUCCUGACGUUGUUAAGGACUUGCCCAGUGAAGCCAGAUCUGAAACUUGUGAAUUGUGGCUCAUGCAAGGCAACACUGAACCACACGAAGGAACUCUUGGCCUUCAAUGGCAAUGUGAAAAGGAUCGUAUCACUUACAAGUACAGACCCAUUGCAUAUUCUACUCUGACACUGAAUGUAGUAUAUAGGAUACUAGCAAGUCAGUACGAUCCUCUUGGAUUCCUCACACCUUAUCUAGCAAGAGCCAAAGUCAUCGUUCAGCAACUGUGGCAACACAAACCUCAGUGGGGAGAACCACUUCCAGAAUGUGAACUUCUCACAGAAUGGCAUCUGUGGGAAUCUGAACUGAAACUUAUGAACCAAGUCUCACUUCCAAGAUGCAUUGAUCCACCUGAACCAGUCAAUCAGAGACAGUUACAUAUUUUCUGUGAUGCAUCAGAAAAAGUAUCUGGUUCUGUCGCAUACCUCAAGUCAGAGACCAAUGAUGGAUCAUCUCAUGUCUCCUUUGUUGCGGCACGAAGCAGAGUGGCUCCUAAGAAAGCCCUCUCAAUGCCCCGCCUUGAACUGUAA